GUUUUACCAUGCGUGGAUGAGGCGACUUUCAAAAUUCGGAUAUCUUCGGCCGGUGCUUAUGCAUAACCUACACUAGUGUGGCGCUGCCUACUCAAAUAAACAAGAUCACCCUAAAGGACACGACGGCUUCAUCUAUCCCUUCUGAAAGGUCGUAAACCGAGGCAAUUGUAAUUCAGAGCAUAUUCUCCUCCAUCUCACCAUCGCCAUGGCCAAACCCAACCAACAUUAUGAGGUUAUCAUCGCCGGAGGAGGAAUUGCUGGAGUCACUCUUGCGCUGAUGCUUGAGAAACUUGGCAUCAGCUAUUUCCUCCUCGAGGGUCGCGAUACUCUCGAGUCUGAUAGAGGCGCUGGGAUCGGUCUGCAGCCAAAUGGACUGCGUAUCCUUGAUCAGCUUGGCCUCGUGGAGGACAUUGAGGAGGCAACUAUACCACUUGAGAAGUGGUUCUCUUAUGACAGCGAGGGUAACUUGAUGAAUGACUCUGACGCCAUGGGCCAAUAUCGUGAGAAGAUCGGAUAUCCUGUUGCCUUCAUUGAGCGUCGCAAGCUUCUACCUAUUAUGGUUCGUCACAUUCAACGCACAGAAUGUGUCAGGACUUCAGCACGCGUGGCUUCAAUUGAGGAGAGUGACGACCAUGUCACUGUGACAACGACCGACGGAUUGUCUCUUACCGCAGAUAUUGUUGUUGGUGCCGAUGGCGUGCGAAGCGCUGUCCGCGCACACAUUGACUCCAAGCUUCCUGAAGCAUUGACUGCAGAUGACUACAUCAGCGUUGCCUGCUCCACAGUCUAUGGAAUGUCAGCACCCACCGAAGGCAUCGCCCCCGGUGAACGCUUCGCUGUCUACCGAGAGAACCAAACAGUCAUCGGCUUCACAGGUAAAGACGGAAUUGUGUUCUGGUUUGUCUUUGAGAAUCUCAACCAGAACGUCCCUCUGUCUCAAGCCCCGCGAUACACUGAAGCUGAAGCCGAGGCUCUCUGCCAAAGCGUUGCCCAUACACAGGUCACUCCAAAGCUGAGGUUUGGAGAGAUCUACAAGAACCGUGUAGUGGCAGUCAAGAUUGGUGUAGAAGAAGGCGUCGCGAAGGGAUGGCACACUGAUCGUGCUGUCAUUGUCGGCGAUGCAGCUUGUAAGACUACACCAGCUGGUGGACAGGGCGCCAACCAAGCUAUUGAGUCAUGCGCCGUCUUCGUCAACAAGCUCAUCAAAGCCAAAAAGGCACGUCAGCCUGGUGAAAAGCUGUCUAGCGAGGCUGUCAAGUCCGUGCUCGCAAGCUAUGCUCAAGAGCGUGCACAGCCAGCUACUACAGCCCUGGAAAGAUCUCAAAUGGUAGGCAAGGCGCUGUUAUGCACUCCAGGGCCUGCAACUACUCUUGUAAAGGACAUGUUGAAGCUCAGUAACGAAGACUGGCUUUUGCGUGCGUUUAUGGCACUUUCUGCUGCGCCAUAUUUGGAGGAUGUUGAGCUUACGGCUAGAGGACAUCUUUAUAACAAGGCUGUUAAGGAAGCGCAGGCUGAGAUGGCGAGACGCCAGAAGGUAGCGAAGGAGAUUAAGGAGGCGGAAGAGAAAGAGAGUAAGCAGGCUGCGAGUAUUCAAGAGUCUGAGCAGCGCAAUGACUUUGCAGGUCUUCGAAAUCCAGUUCAGGCAGCGACUGGAGUCGUUGAAGUUGGUUCUUAGAAUAGAAUAGUCUUUGUGCCAUCUCGAGUCCAAGCCAAUCAUUACUUAUUACAUUCUUUACUAUUUCCAGAACUUUCCUGUAGUUCUGUGAUGAUGCCGA